UUAGCAAGAGAAAAAAAAAACACGAGACCCGAAAAAAAAUGGAGGGUUACACUGAAACAAUAUUCUACUCGUCUCUCUCUCUCAUCUUCAUCAUUCUCUCUCUCAAGCUCUACCUCUCCUCAAAACCCAAACUGAAUCUACCACUGUCACCGCCAGGACGUUUCCCCGUGAUCGGUCACCUCCGCCUCCUCAAACCGCCAAUCCACCGCACACUCCGCCGCCUCUCCGCCGCAUCGACCUCCGGAGUGAUCUCCCUCCGCCUCGGUUCCCGCCUCGUCUACGUUGUCUCCUCUUACUCCAUGGCCGCGGAGGAGUGUUUCACGAAGAACGACAUCGUUCUGGCGAAUCGGCCUCCGCUCCUCAUCGGGAAAUACGUUGGGUACAACAACACGAAUCUGAUCGCAGCCGCGUACGGCGAUCACUGGCGAAAUCUCCGGCGCAUCUGCGCCAUAGAGAUAUUCUCCGGCCACCGUCUCAGCUCCUUCCUCUCCGUCCGUACCGAUGAGGUACGCCGCCUCGUCAUCCGCCUCUCCCGUGCUGCUUCAGGAACCGAGAAGGCGGUAGUGGAAAUGAGACCGAUGUUCGUAGAUUUGACAUUCAACAACAUAAUGAGAAUGAUCACCGGGAAACGGUACUACGGCGAGGAGGAGGAGGAGGUAGAUGAGGAGGAGAGGAAGCGGGUGCGGCGGAUGGUGGCGGAGGUGGGGACGAACACGAGCUCCGGAAACGCCGUGGAUUACAUGCCGAUUAUGAGAUGGUUUUCGGACUAUGAGAAACGGAUGAAAAAAUUGGGGGAAAAAACAGACGAGUUCUUGCAGAGCCUGGUUGAUGAGAAGCGGAGAGAGGGUGAAAGAGGGAACACCAUGAUCGAUCGCAUGCUUUCUUUGCAAGAUUCAGAUCCUGAGUAUUACACGGAUCAGCUCAUCAAAGGACUCGUACUGAUAAUGGUAAUGGCUGGGACCAACACCACCGCCGUCAGUUUAGAAUGGGCCCUCUCGAAUCUGCUAAACCAUCCGCACGUAAUAACCAAAGCAAGAACCGAAAUCGAUAACCAAGUCGGUUUAGACCGGUUAAUCGAAGAAGCCGAUAUUCCCAAUCUACCGUACCUCCAAAGCAUCGUCCUGGAGACACUCCGGCUACACCCAGCAGCUCCGUUACUGGUCGCGCACAUGGCCUCGGAGGACUGCAAAGUGGGGCCAUACGACAUGCCACGCGGCACAACGUUACUGGUGAAUGCGUGGGCCAUACACAGAGAUCCCAAGCUGUGGGAAGAUCCAGAUAGUUUUAAACCGGAGCGGUUCGAGACGGGGGGAGAAGAAGCAUCGAAGUUGAUAAUGACGUUUGGGAUGGGGAGAAGGGCUUGCCCCGGGUCGGGUCUGGCUCAAAAGGUACUGAGUUUGGCGAUUGGGUCGUUGAUUCAAUGCUUUGAGUGGGAGAGAGCGGGAGGAGGAGAAGAAGUGGACAUGGAAGAAGGAACUGGAAACACUGUGCCUAAAGCCACGCCCUUGCAAGCAGUUUGUAAAGUUCGUCCUUUUGUUCACAAGAUCUUCUCCGAUUCUUCUUGAUUUUGUUUUUCGUUGGGUUGAAGGUAUGAAUAAAGGGGUGAAAUCCCAUUAGAGUUUGUAUAGGGGAAGUGGAUAUAUGAUGGAAGGUGUGAUGAAGUUGAACAAGUGGUGUACAUCAGUUAAGGUUCUGUUAUACAAAGGCUAUAUAUCAUUAGGUUGUGUUCCAUCUCUA